AGCGGCAGUGAGUCUGUGAGUUGGCGCUGUUGCAGCGAGCUGCCGGGCCUCACUAUAUGAUUCGACGGUAGUACUUGUGAGCAUGAUGCCACACCGCUCGGGCCCUCAGCUCUUGAGCCCGCUGGCGUCCAACAACAUUUCUCCCGGAAGAGGACCGGAACAUGAAAACGGUCGUCUGAAUGCCCCUGACGGAGAAGUGGGGCGGGUUUUCCGCAUCAGGCUGCGCCGCUGGCUUCUCUGCAGUUGCUCUUUACCGAGGAAGUCAACCUCGCAGCAACCGUCUCCUCCUGCCAUGGCUUCCCUGCCAUCCCGCGCUCUGACAUGUCACAGCCGCGCAGUUUGCUCUACCGUCGUUUUGCCGCAUGUAGCUUACUCGACGCUGUCCCAGCCACGUUUUCUCUACCGUCCUCUUGAGGACGUCGAGAGGCUCGAGUAUUAUCAACCGGGGGGAUACCACCCGGUAGACAUCGGCGAUCGCUUCCAUGGACGGUACCGAAUCGUCCACAAGCUCGGUCACGGGACGUUCUCCACGAUAUGGCUGGCCCGCGACGAGCGACUGUCAAAGUACGUCGCCAUCAAGGUGUGCACCGCCGACGCGAGCCGGCGUGAAAUCGGCAUUCUCUCUCACUUGAACGAUCCCGCGCAUGGGAAAGCUGGGCGGCGUGAAGAGGCAUUGACUCCUACCAUUCUCGACCGGUUCGACGUCCAAGGUCCCAACGGCACGCAUCUCUGUUGUGCGACUGCCCCGGCGAGAUGCAGUCUUGCUGAUGCAAAGGAGGCUUCGAUCUGCCGCCUCUUCCAAUUGGAUGUUGCUAGGUCGCUGGCGGCUCAGCUCGCCCUCGCUGUCGCUCAUAUUCAUGAGCGAGGGGUGGUCCAUGGAGACCUUCACCUCGGUAACAUCUUGCUUCAGCUCCCCGCCGGUCUCGACAGCCUCUCGGCAGAGCAAUUGUACGAGAAAUAUGGAGCGCCUGAACCGGAACCCGUGGUCCGACGAGACGGAAACCCGCUCCCGCCCGGCGUCCCUUCACAUGGCGUCCCGCCCGUGUGGCUCGGCGACCGAUGCGAAAGGAUCCGCCUCUGCGAUGCGAAACUGGUUCUCGCAGACUUCGGCGUCGCCUUUCGUCCGUCGAGCGAGCAAAGAUACAAGUCUCACACGCCGCUUGAGCUCCGGCCGCCGGAAGCCCGGUUCGAGCCUUCCACGCCCCUCUCGUUCCCCUCGGACAUCUGGAGCCUGGGAUGCACCAUCUGGUCUCUGCUCGCACACAGGUCGCUCUUUGACGUCCUGCUCGCGACGGAAGACGACGUCACGGCCCAGCAGAUCGACGUGCUUGGGCCCUUACCCGACGAGUGGUGGGACAAAUGGGAAGCGCGGUCCAAGUACUUUGCGGAAAAUGCGACGCCGGUCGAGGGCCGAUGUGUCUGGUCGUGGGAACGCCGGUUUGAGCAGUGGAUACAGGAGCCGCGACGCGACAAGGGCAUGGCAACGCUGGAUGAGAAGGAGAGGGAGGCGUUUGCUGCCAUGGUGCGGUGGAUGCUGCAGUUCAGGCCGGGGGAUCGGCCGAGCGCCAAGGAGGUGCUGCAAACGGAGUGGAUGCGGACGUGGGCGCUGCCGGAGGUCGUCGUUAAAGAGGUCCCGCCAAGACUAAUUUCGGAGACUGCCGCAUACAAGUAAUUACAAAUCGGCAGGCCGCGACGACUUCGAGCAACAUCAACAACGAACAAUCGCAAAGACUCGUUGCAACAACUUUACAAAAACUCAACCAAAUCAAAAAAAAAAGAAAACGAGGAU